GCACGUCCUGUUGUCGUUGGCUGCGUUGGGAUGGCUUCCUCUGCUGUCUCUGCUACCAGUUCUUAGUGCUAAGUCUUCGCCUGACGCGCCGAGGGUAGCGGGUCUUUCUCCUUUGUCCCUUUCGCUUGCGAGUCGUCCUCAAGGACGCGGCUUUCCUGCAGUCGGCAGAAUGGGCAGGGAGUCGCGAACGAAGCUGCCUGGGACUCGAAGCCAUUAUCGGAAACGAUCAGCAUCCCGGGGACGUUCUGGAAGUAGAUCUAGAAGUCGCUCACCUUCAGAUAAAAGAAGUAAACGUGGAGAUGACAGACGAUCUAGAAGCAGAGAUAGAGAUAGAAGGAGAGAGAGGUCUCGGAGCAGAGAUAAAAGAAGAUCUCGGUCAAGGGACAGAAAGCGUCUAAGGCGUUCCAGAAGUAGAGAGAGAGACAGAAGCCGAGAGCGAAGAAGAUCUCGCAGCCGAGACAGGAGACGCUCAAGGAGUAGAAGCCGGGGCCGGCGAUCCCGAUCUUCCAGUCCUGGCAAUAAAAGCAAGAAAGCUGAGAAUAGGUCUAGGUCCAAAGAGAAAACAGAAAGUGGGGAAAGUUCUAAAGAGAAGAAAAAAGACAAAGAUGAUAAGGAAGAUGAAAAAGAAAAAGAUGCUGGCAACUUUGACCAGAAUAAACUGGAGGAAGAAAUGAGAAAGCGAAAGGAAAGAGUUGAAAAAUGGCGAGAAGAGCAGCGUAAAAAGGCCAUGGAAAACAUAGGGGAACUGAAAAAAGAAAUUGAAGAGAUGAAACAAGGGAAAAAAUGGAGUUUAGAAGAUGAUGAUGAUGAUGAGGAUGAUCCUGCAGAAGCUGAAAAGGAAGGAAAUGAAAUGGAGGGUGAGGAAUUAGAUCCAUUAGAUGCGUACAUGGAAGAAGUGAAAGAAGAAGUGAAAAAGUUUAAUAUGAGAAGUGUAAAAGGUGGAGGGGGAAAUGAAAAGAAGUCUGGGCCAACAGUCACAAAAGUUGUCACUGUCGUGACAACCAAAAAGGCAGUUGUAGAUUCUGAUAAGAAGAAAGGUGAGCUGAUGGAGAAUGACCAGGAUGCCAUGGAGUAUUCUUCAGAGGAGGAAGAAGUUGAUCUUCAGACAGCUCUUACAGGCUAUCAGACCAAACAGAGAAAACUUUUGGAACCAGUUGAUCAUGGAAAAAUUGAAUAUGAGCCAUUCAGAAAAAACUUUUACGUUGAAGUCCCAGAACUAGCAAAAAUGUCUCAAGAGGAGGUGAAUGUAUUUCGAUUGGAAAUGGAGGGUAUCACAGUCAAAGGAAAAGGUUGCCCCAAACCAAUUAAGUCUUGGGUCCAGUGUGGAAUUUCCAUGAAGAUCUUAAAUUCUCUCAAAAAGCAUGGGUAUGAAAAGCCCACACCAAUCCAAACGCAAGCAAUUCCUGCUAUAAUGUCUGGACGAGAUUUGAUUGGCAUUGCCAAAACAGGAAGUGGAAAGACCAUUGCUUUUCUGUUGCCCAUGUUUAGACACAUUAUGGAUCAGAGGUCAUUAGAAGAAGGAGAAGGGCCAAUAGCUGUCAUCAUGACUCCAACUCGAGAACUGGCUUUACAAAUUACUAAAGAAUGUAAGAAGUUUUCGAAGACUUUGGGACUUAGAGUGGUCUGUGUUUAUGGAGGAACAGGAAUCAGUGAGCAGAUUGCUGAGCUGAAAAGAGGUGCUGAAAUUAUUGUUUGCACACCUGGUCGAAUGAUUGACAUGUUAGCAGCUAACAGUGGUCGGGUCACAAAUCUUCGAAGAGUGACAUACGUUGUUUUGGAUGAAGCAGAUAGAAUGUUUGACAUGGGUUUUGAACCACAGGUCAUGCGCAUUGUGGAUAAUGUCCGUCCUGAUCGACAGACGGUUAUGUUUUCAGCUACUUUCCCCAGAGCUAUGGAAGCUUUGGCUCGUAGAAUCUUGAGUAAACCCAUUGAAGUACAGGUUGGAGGCAGGAGUGUGGUUUGCUCAGAUGUGGAGCAACAAGUGAUUGUGAUUGAAGAAGAAAAGAAAUUCUUGAAGUUACUUGAGCUUCUAGGCCAUUAUCAAGAAUCAGGAUCUGUCAUUAUAUUUGUGGAUAAGCAGGAACAUGCUGAUGGUCUAUUAAAGGAUUUAAUGAGAGCAUCUUACCCUUGCAUGUCUCUUCAUGGAGGUAUUGAUCAAUAUGACAGAGACAGUAUUAUAAAUGACUUUAAGAAUGGGACCUGCAAACUUCUUGUGGCCACCUCUGUUGCUGCCCGAGGUCUAGAUGUGAAACAUUUGAUUCUUGUAGUAAAUUACAGCUGCCCCAAUCAUUAUGAGGAUUAUGUGCACAGAGCAGGACGGACUGGAAGAGCAGGCAAUAAAGGAUAUGCCUAUACUUUUAUCACAGAAGAUCAAGCUCGCUAUGCUGGUGACAUAAUUAAAGCUCUUGAAUUGUCAGGGACUGCAGUGCCUCCUGAUCUAGAGAAACUUUGGAGUGAUUUCAAAGAUCAACAGAAAGCUGAAGGAAAAAUAAUUAAAAAGAGUAGUGGGUUCUCUGGUAAGGGAUUCAAAUUUGAUGAAACCGAACAAGCUUUGGCUAACGAGAGGAAGAAAUUACAAAAAGCAGCUCUUGGUCUGCAAGAUUCAGAUGAUGAGGAUGCUGCAGUUGAUAUUGAUGAACAAAUUGAAAGCAUGUUUAAUUCAAAGAAGAGAGUAAAGGAUAUGGCUGCUCCUGGAACAUCUAGUGUUCCUGCUCCGACUGCAGGAAAUGCUGAGAAAUUAGAAAUUGCUAAGAGAUUGGCUCUUAGAAUCAAUGCUCAGAAGAAUUUGGGCAUCGAGUCUCAGGUAGAUGUGAUGCAACAAGCCACCAAUGCAAUCCUCAGAGGUGGCACCAUUCUGGCUCCCACUGUGUCUGCAAAAACCAUUGCAGAGCAACUUGCUGAAAAGAUCAAUGCCAAGCUCAAUUAUGUGCCUUUAGAAAAACAAGAAGAGGAGAGACAGGAUGGUGGACAGAAUGAGUCUUUUAAGAGAUAUGAGGAAGAAUUGGAGAUCAAUGACUUCCCACAGACGGCUAGGUGGAAAGUUACCUCAAAGGAAGCUCUACAGAGAAUUAGUGAAUAUUCUGAAGCUGCAAUUACAAUAAGAGGAACAUACUUCCCUCCUGGCAAAGAACCCAAGGAAGGAGAGCGGAAAAUUUACUUGGCCAUCGAAAGUGCUAAUGAACUGGCUGUGCAGAAAGCAAAGGCAGAAAUCACCAGGCUCAUAAAGGAAGAGCUAAUCCGACUGCAAAAUUCAUACCAACCAACAAAUAAAGGAAGAUACAAAGUCUUAUAAACAUUUAGAAAACGCUUUUUACCUGUGCUGGUCUGUGGUAUAUGUGGCAAUUGUCUGAAGUUUACAAUGUAUUGUAAAUUAAGAUUUUUAAAAUUCUGUCUUGCUGAUUUUUUAAAUAUAAUAAACCAGUAUUUGCUAAAGAAAUCUUCUGUCAGUAAGUACCCCACAAUUAUUCAAACUACAUUUAAGCAGGUCUGUUUUCAGAGUAUGGUGUCUUUAAUGUAAAACUUAGAUGUCAAUAUUUUAAAUAUCUGGAUAAUAUUCCAGAGGUUUGAAAAAAUGGAAAUAUUGGGACUUUUUGUUGAAGGUAUUAAAGCAUACAAGUCACUAAGGGGCCACUCACCCUCUUUCAAUGAAAUUGUGAUUAUCUCCUGAGAAAAGGUAAAAUCCUUUGUCAGCCCCUGCCCCCUUGAGUUUAAAUCUUACUUGACUCACUGGAACAAAUGAACUGGAUUUAAAAAUGUUAAAAUAGAGAUUUUACACAAUUGGUUCAGAGUUUUUUGUUUUAAUUUUUAUCAUUAUAAAUUGGCAACAGUUGGACUACUUGUAGUUUUUGUAAAUUAAAGAUUUGAAGUACAAGAAUUUUUUGCAUUUCUUUUCAGUGCAAAGAGUUUUAGUAUUUACUCCUUUUAGGUUUAGUAUUUACUCCUUUUAGGAAACCUCUGGCUCUAUGCCUAGGUACUAAAUCUUUUUCAUCUUCAAAAGAAAGUGAUUGUAGUCUAUAAAUAUUCAAUAUGAUUCAUUUACCCACUGAAAUUGUUUGUUUAGACAUCCGUACAUAUGAUAUGUACAAAUGCCCUACUACUUUUAAUCUGAUUUUCCUUCAGGAUAAUUGAGUAGGUGUUGAAUUUUUUUUUUUUCUUUAGGAAUGUUAAAAUAUACCAGUACCAACUUUUAGAUAGAAUUUUGCAUUUCUUGGUGAAAUUUAGUGCAUAAGGAAUCAAAAAUUAUAUUUUUGAGCCCUCAAGAUUGAAUUCCUAAAUAUUUUAAUUUAAAUGACUAUAAUUGGGUCAUCUACUAUUCUUUUCAAGAUUCCUGGUAUAUUAGAAUUUCAUAUUGUAGCUUCUUGAAAACAAUUUUUUUCAGGAAGUAUAUAGGUACAUUUCUUAAAUUAUGAGACAGAAAAGUUCUUUAUUCUUGAUUUACAGUUUUGAAAAAAAAUCAAAGCCUACUAUAGUUAAAACAUUUUAAUAUUACCUUCAGUGGCUUAAAUGACAGGGAGUUGCAAUCAUUACUCCUUCAAUAUAAAAUUAUCUGUACUAAGAAGUAAGAUAUAAUUGGGAAAUAUUCUGGGGACCCUCACACAUCUACUUAUUCUAUUGAAGAAGAAAACAGACAAAACCCAUGUAACAACAGAACCAAAUAAACCAUUUACUCUAAAAUUCCAGGCAUCAUGGGCUCCUUUUUUCCCCCCUUGAUAGUUUAUUUAUUUACUUAUCUUCAUCACCAGUGGUAGUUUAUUUUGUCUGAUAAAAUGUGUCACAGUCCCACAUUGGUGACAAUUGGUGCUCCCUCCAACCUACUGGAUCACUUUGAGAUUCAGAGAUUUACAUUAUUUUAGCAUUUCCUUUAUGUUUGUAUGUCUAGUUGUAAUGUGCCACUGAUAGUAUCUUGCUCUAAAAUGAAACACUUCUGUUAGUACAUUUUUUUAGUGUCAAGCUGACUGAUUUUUAAAAUUUGAAUGAUGUACAGACUUUAUUUGUUUUUUAAUGCAACAUCAAUAUUUGCUCAUGUUUUCUUAAAUCCUUAUAAAAAUAAAGUCAAUUCAAUCUA